AGUACGUUGGAGUGAGUAGAAGCAUGUUGGGACAUGCGACGCAAAAAAACCUUAGAUUACAUAUCUUGCAUCUUCGUGCAUCUUCGGUGCAUGUUCGUUUUGAAAACUUUUUUAAAUGUAACGUGUUAUGUGUGAUGAAUGUAUUCAGUGUAACUGAGUAUUUGAGAAAAUUGCGGUAUAAAAAUUAUAACCCUGGGUCAGCACAAGCAGUAGCAAUAACAGAGAUAGUUUGAAGAACUUUUUAAAAUAAUCUGUAAAAAAAUAUAUUAUUAAUGCUAAAUUAAACCUUAAAGGAGACUCUCCCUGAUCUUUUGCUUUCGCUUGAUCUUAUCAACAUGGAGGAUAUAGAACAUUUCAUAAAGAUCUCACAGCAGAAGAGACUCCUUAAUCAACAUAAAUUAAAAGAGCUCGAUAAUGAGCCUGACGACCAUAAGAAAUUAAUUAAAGAAUUGCGAGAUUUACAAAAAGAGACACAGCAGAGUAAGGAAAAUAUUACAAAGCAUCUCAAUAUGAUUACAGCCCAUAAGCACAUUAUACAUAAAAUUGUGCAUUCCUCGGAACAUAUUUCAGGCUUGCCUGUACCACAUAAUAAUGCACAAGAUGUGAGAACAAUGUUUGCUGAAGCCAUUAAUUUUCUGAACAAUAUAGGAGAUACUUAUGAAACAUUGAAUAAUGUUAAAGAAAAAGAUGUGAAUUCUUCAGAGCUGAUUGAAGCUGUGACAACAUGUACAGGAGCUAUAGGAAGUGAACUGUAUCAAACAAGAUGUUGCAUUGCUCAACUGGAAGCAUUGAAAGAAAACAUCUCUGUAUUUGAGCAAUAUAUUUUAGGUGAUAGCAGUAGAAACAACAGUGAUGAGAUUAUGGAUUGUACAGCACAUGGUGAGUCAACAGACAGUGGAUCAACUAUAAAAUGAUAUGUACAUCAAUAUUUAUUGCAACUAUUAGAAUGCACAAAAUAUCAGAUAUUUUUUUGAGAAAAGUAUACAAUAUAAAUUUAUCAGAUGUUAUCAAAAUUUCAUGGCAGUCAUAUAUUGAACAUUAUCUAGUUGGUCAUCUAGAUUUAACUUCAACAUUACCAAUUGAGGGUCUACAAUUUCCUGAAACAAUUAUGUGUAUAUAUUAUAAUUAUAUAUAAUAUACUAUAAUACUAAUAUAAUAUAGUAUAACAAUUAUGUAUA